UCCAGCCCAUUCACCGCUGAAGGAAGUCCCCCAUAUUGAAACCAUGUCUUCUUAAAUCUUAAUCGUCGAGUGGCCGUCUCGAUUUUCUGCUCGGGAGAGGGAAAGAAAAAUUCUCAACUGCUAUUCUGUUAUUAUUUGUUGAUCAAUGGCUCAAAUUCCGAAUUUAGAUAAUGCUCCUCUGAAUUUCGCAUCCCUCAGAGAGCAGUCCCAGAAAGAGCUCCUUAACAUCCUCAAGAACUUUCGUGGGAAGAAGUGUUUAGUUUUGGAUCCGAAGCUUGGCGGAUCACUUUCAUUGGUUGUCUCUACAUCGGUUCUAAAGGAACUUGGAGUAGAACUACGGCAUCUAUCUUCAGAACCAAUUCUAGCAGAAUGCACUAGAAUAAUCUACAUUGUUCGCUCUCAGAUAAGUUUUAUGAAACUCAUCUCUUCACACAUUCAACAUGAUAUUUCCAAAGGACUUCAAAGGGAGUAUUCUGUUUAUUUUGUUCCCCGUCGCACGGUUGCUUGUGAGAAGAUAUUAGAGGAAGAAAAUGUUCAUCACUUGUUGACUAUUGCCGAUUACCCUCUUUAUGUACUUCCUUUGGACGAGGAUGUAUUGUCAUUUGAACUUGACUUGGGUUAUAAAGAAUUCCAGGUUGAUGGUGAUACAAGCGCCCUUUGGCAUAUUGCAAAAGCCAUUCAUAAACUCGAGUUUUCAUUUGGGUUAAUACCAAAUGUGAGGGCCAAAGGAAGAGCAUCGGCAAGUGUUGCCGAUCUUCUGAGCCGCAUGCAAGGGGAAGAGCCAGUUAACUCGUCAGAUAUUGGUGCUUCGGAGAUAAAUACACUAAUUCUGUUGGAUAGAGAGGUGGACAUGAUUACACCUAUGUGUUCUCAGUUAACUUAUGAGGGUUUGGUUGAUGAGUUUUUGCGUGUCAAUAAUGGUUCUGUGGAGCUUGAUGCAACCAUCAUGGGUGUACAACAAGAGGGAAAGAAAGUGAAGGUUCCACUUAAUUCAAGUGAUAAACUAUUCAAGGAGAUACGGGAUCUCAACUUUGAAGUUGUUGUUCAGGUUCUUCGUCAAAAAGCAACAUCCAUGAAGCAGGAUUAUACAGAAAUGACAACCACGAAACAGACUCAGACAGUAUCUGAACUAAAGGACUUUGUCAAAAAGUUGAACUCCUUACCAGAAAUUACUAGGCAUAUCAAUCUGGCUCAGCAUUUGUCUACUUUUACAUCAAAGCCUUCAUUCCUGGGACAACUUGACAUAGAGCACACAGUCGUGGAGGCUCAGAGUUAUGACAUAUGCUUUGAAUACAUUGAAGAGUUGAUCCAUAAGCAGGAGCCAAUUAUUAAUGUCCUUCGUCUCCUUGUUUUAUUUUCAAUUACAAAUUCAGGGUUGCCUAAGAAAAACUUUGAUUACUUGAGGAGGGAGCUACUUCACAGCUAUGGAUUCGAACACAUGGCUACACUGAAUAAUUUGGAGAAAGCUGGACUAUUUAAAAAACAGGACAUGAAGACCAACUGGCCUACUAUCAAACGUGCACUACAGCUUAUUGUUGAGGAUACUGACACUGCCAACCCAAAUGAUAUUGCAUAUGUUUUCUCGGGAUAUGCGCCUCUUAGCAUCCGCCUUGUUCAGCAUGCAGUUCGUUCUGGAUGGCGCCCUAUUGAAGAAAUUUUGAAGCUUUUGCCUGGACCACAUUUGGAGUCAAAGAGAGGUGGAUAUUCAAGCAGCUCAUCAAUCGAUGCUAUAACAGGCACGCCAGGGAAUUUGGACAAGGUAGCAAAUGGGCAGCGCUCACUUGUACUGGUUGUAUUUAUUGGAGGAGUAACAUUUGCAGAGAUAUCUGCUCUUCGUUUUCUUAGCGCUCAGGAAGGAAUGGCAUACGACUUCGUCGUUGCGACAACAAAAAUAGUGAAUGGUCGCUCGCUGGUUGAGACAUUCAUGGACAACCUCGGUUGAACGGUGUGGAGAAAAAAGUUCAUUCAACUGAGCCUUGACCAGUGACCCUGAAUAGCUGUUUUCUCAGAAUAUUAAUACUUGGGAUUGAUCUGGCAGUUUUGUGUGAAUGGG